AUGUCCAUGAGACAUAGUGCAAACUCGUCGAAGUACCAGGAGUUUGACCCUGAGUCCGGUGACGUCACAAGAAAGAGAUCACUCGUCAAACCUGAACGGUCAAGAAUAGAUCCCUCUCAUCCUAGAUACCAUUACACCCAAGUUGCUAAUCAGGAAUCUUCUCAUUUGAAGAUUCUCCCAUCAUCCACUGGGUUAGCUCCACAAACUUCCCAAGCAUCGAAGCUCACUGCCCACAACGAGGCAAUGGAAGAUGGUGAGGAUGCCAGUAUUCCUCUUAUGGAUAUGCAUAAGGCUUCGCUGCCUACAGGCAGCAACAGUGGAGGUGGUCGAGAAGUUUUCGGGCUUAAUGACGAAUUUGACUACUCCCCAAAUAAAAACAAUGUCAUCAAAUCAACCUCAAAGCCUACUCAAAGAGGAUCCACUAACGCUGGUGGGAAAAUCCUCCCCAACAAAAUUGCAUCAGAUAAGGAUUCCGAACGUGAAGAUGUGGAUUUCUGGAAGGUUUACUGUUAUAUUGUGACCUUUUGGGCUCCAGCCCCAUUACUUAAACUUUUCGGGAUCAAGACUAAAGAACAACAAUAUGCUUGGAGAGAAAAAAUCGCUCUUAUUUCUUGUAUUUUCAUGAUGGGGGCCAUUGUUGCAUAUAUCAUUUUUGGGUUUACCCGUACUGUUUGUGGUGAACAAAGACCAAGAACUAGAAUCAAUGAGGUUCAAACAAAUAACCUUAUUAUCAAUGGCCGUGCAUAUGACUUGGGUGCAUCCCAACAUCCAAAGGCUGCUGGUAUCACAGCUGGUGCCAAUGUCUUGUAUCCACCAAUUAAUGCUGGGGGAAUGGAUGCUUCCUUCUUGUUCCAAAAUGUGAACGGUAACUGUAAGGGCUUGAUCAAGGCUCGUGACAACAGUACCAUCCCACAUAGUGAUAAUUUUGAAGAUUUGGCUUGGUAUAUGCCAUGUCAUUUGAUGAACCAAGAUGGUUCCACCAAGGCUAACUUUUCCAAGCCAUACUACAAUGGUUGGGCUUGUCAUACUAGUACCGUAGCCAGAGACGCCUACUACGGGUUAAAGGUUAACGGUGACGUUUAUUUCACUUGGGAUGAUAUCAGAAACUCCAGUAGAAACCUUGUGGUUUAUUCUGGGGAUGUUUUAGAUUUGGACCUUAUCAAUUGGUUCCAAACUGAUGAUCUCACUUAUCCUGAACUUUUCAAUCAAAUUAGAGAUGAUAUGGCAUUCCGUGGUCAUGAUAUUUCUUUGGCUCUUACCAAUAGUGAACAAAGAAGAGCUGCUAGAUGUCUUACUGAAAUCAUCAAGGUUGGUACCAUCGAUUCUGAAACUAUUGGAUGUAUCGCAUCUUCAGUUGUUUUAUACGUUUCUUUGAUUUUCAUUUUGGCUGUUGUGGUUGCCAAGUUUUUAAUGGCUUGUUAUUUCCGUUGGUACAUCUCUGCAAAGCAAGGGGCUAAUAUCUUAGAUAAUAAGUCAAGUUAUGCUCGUAACAAGGAAAUUGAAAAUUGGGUAGAUGAUCCAUCAUCAAGAGCUCCUAUUAAUACCGUACCUGAAGAACAAAGAGCAAACUAUCACACUGCUAAAACUAAUCGUCAGAGUGUUUUCAUCAAGGGUGGUGCAACAAGAUUGGCCAAUCAAGACCAUUCUUUGAAUACUCCAGGUGGAAUUAAAUAUACUACCAUGACCACUCAGGCUGCUCUGCUUAAAAAGGGACAUAGCAAGCUGGCAUCUAGAACUCUUUACCGUUCAUCUACGCAAGAUUUGCUCUCGCCAUCUAGACCGAACUCUGUUUACAACCCAUUUGAUGACUUCACAGUCAGUGGACUUUCUCAAGAUAUCAUUCAUCCAGAUGUUGUUCCUCAGCCACCUGCUAAUUACAUGCCUUUUGGGUAUCCAUUGGCUCACACGAUGAUUAUUGUCACAGCAUAUUCUGAAGAUGAAGAAGGUUUACGUACCACUAUGGACUCUCUUUGUACUACUGACUAUCCAAACUCUCAUAAACUUAUUGUUGUUGUAUGUGAUGGUCUCAUCAAGGGUUCCGGUAAUGAUUUGACUACUCCUGAAAUUGCACUUCUGAUGAUGACUGAUUUUACUAUUGCCCCUGAAGACGUGAAACCAUGUUCCUAUGUUGCUGUUGCCCAAGGUUCCAAGAGACAUAACAUGGCCAAGUUGUACUCUGGUUUCUACAAGUACACUGACAGUGUUCCUCUUGAAAAGCAACAAAGAGUUCCUGUUCUUACUGUUGUGAAGUGUGGUACACCUGAAGAAGCCAAUGCUGCAAAGCCUGGUAACAGAGGUAAGCGUGACUCUCAAAUCUUGCUUAUGUCUUUCUUACAAAAGGUUAUGUUUGACGAAAGAAUGACUGAAUUUGAAUUUGAAAUGCUUAAUUCUAUCUGGAGAGUCACUGGUAUAAUGGCAGAGUUUUAUGAAAUUCUUCUCAUGGUGGAUGCUGAUACUAAAGUGUAUCCGGAUUGCUUAACCCAUAUGGUUGCAGAAAUGGUUAAAGAUCCAAUGGUCAUGGGACUUUGUGGGGAAACAAAGAUUUCCAAUAAGUCACAAACUUGGGUUACAGCUAUUCAAGUCUUUGAAUACUAUAUUUCCCAUCAUCUUGCCAAGGCAUUCGAAUCCGUUUUCGGUGGUGUUACAUGUUUACCUGGGUGUUUCUGUAUGUAUAGAAUCAAGGCUCCAAAGGGUAAUGACGGAUACUGGGUUCCAAUCUUGGCCAAUCCUGAUAUUGUCGAAAGAUAUUCAGAUAAUGUUGUUGAUACUUUACACAGAAAGAAUUUGUUACUUUUGGGUGAAGAUCGUUAUCUUUCUUCUUUAAUGUUGAGAACUUUCCCUAAAAGAAAACAGAUCUUCAUUCCAAAGGCUGCUUGUAAAACUAUUGUACCAGAUACUUUCAAGGUGUUACUUUCCCAACGUCGUCGUUGGAUUAAUUCUACUGUGCAUAACUUGAUGGAAUUGGUCCUUGUUAAGGAUUUGUGUGGUACAUUUUGUUUCUCUAUGCAAUUCGUUAUUGCCAUUGAAUUAGUCGGUACCUUGAUUUUACCAGUUGCUUUGGUCUUUACCAUUUAUGUUGUUGUCUUUGCAAUUGUUUCCCAUCCUACUCCAAUCAUGUCCUUAGUUCUUUUGGCGAUUAUUUUCGGGUUACCCGGGAUGAUGAUUGUCAUUACCGUUUCUUCAUGGUCUUAUGUUGUAUAUUUCUUCAUUUACAUUCUUGCCUUACCUAUUUGGAAUUUCGUGCUUCCUUCUUACUCAUAUUGGAAGUUUGAUGAUUUUAGUUGGGGUGAAACAAGAUUGGUAUCUGGGGGUGACAAGGGAAAUCAUGGUGAAGUGGAAGGUAAGUUUGACUCCUCAUCUAUUCAAAUGAAGCGCUGGAGAGAGUUUGAGAGAGAAAGACGUAGUCGUGAAGGAUUGUCUGUUCCUAGAGCCACUUGGGAUCCUGCCAUGGAAAAGGAUGAGGAGGAUUACAGUGAAGUUAGUCCUUGA